CUCAAAAUAUCUAGAGAAACUGAAUCCGUGUCAAAAGUGUAUAAUUAUCGACGUUAAAAAGUUUCAUCGAAUCACGGAAGAAACAUGAAGAGUCUGUGCUACUUGGGUUUACUGUUUAUUCUGCUUUCGACAACGGAAAAAUGUCAGGCCGGCGUAUUCGGUGACAAAAUGAAAAAUUUCUUCGGACUCUUCGGCAAUAAGCCGCCUUCCUCCGAUGAGCCACCUGCGCCUUGCUACUGUAGUUGCGGACUACGGAACGAGGAAAGUCGUAUAGUCGGAGGCCAGACGACGAGUAUGAAUGAGUUUCCAUGGAUGGCUAGAUUAUCGUACCUAAACAAGUUUUAUUGCGGAGGCACGCUUAUAAACGAUCGCUACGUGCUCACGGCCGCGCACUGUGUGAAAGGAUUCAUGUGGUUCAUGAUUAAAGUCACUUUCGGCGAACACGACAGAUGUAUUGAGAAAGGGGCGGAAACCAGAUACGUGGUGCGCGUCAUGACCGGUGAUUUCAGCUUCCUAAAUUUCGACAAUGACAUUGCGCUCCUCCGUCUGAAUGAAAGAAUACCAUUGAGCGACACGAUACGGCCGAUUUGCUUGCCAUCGAUGUUAGAUAAACAGUACGAAGGGACAAACGCGGUCGCGUCGGGUUGGGGUACGCUGCAGGAGGACGGCAAACCGUCCUGCCUUCUCCAGGAAGUGGAACUACCUGUCAUGAGCCUUCAGGAUUGCCGCAACACCAGCUACAGUCCUCGAAUGAUCUCGGACAAUAUGUUAUGUGCGGGUUAUCCGGAAGGAAAAAAGGACUCGUGUCAGGGAGAUAGUGGAGGACCUCUGAUAGCGGAGCGCGAAGAUAAAAAGUACGAACUCAUUGGCGUCGUGUCCUGGGGUAAUGGCUGUGCGCGACCUGGAUAUCCAGGUGUAUACACGAGAGUCACGCGUUACAUGGAUUGGAUCUUGAAGAAUUCAAAGGACGGUUGCUUCUGCGAGCAUAACUGAAUGUGAUUAUAGGCUGCCACGUAGUUGGACAUAUGACAGAGCACAGAGAUUGUUUGUACGUACUGUUGUAAAAUACGUUCUGAAAUCGCGCCGUAAGUUUAGCGACUAGAGUGAUAUCGUGUCCGGAUUUGCGACCGACCGACGUAAAUUUGUCGAGAAUAUUUGAUAUGAGUUUUCGUACAAUAUCAAUUUAUUAUUAUUAAGUACAUUGUGUUAUUAUGUCUUCUGUUAUUUAAUAUCUGUUAAACGAUAGAACAGCAGUGGAUAAAAAACCUGUCGAGAGAAACAACGUCGCGAAGAAAUAUAUCGUAAGAUUGUUAGGUCGUUGAGAAAAGAAAGUUUACGGAAUGAAUAAUGCACCAUACAAUAUUUCGCUCAAAUUGCGAAAAAAAUAGCCAAAGGCUAAGAUACUUAAUUUUUCACUGUGGAGAAAAUCAAUCAAAUUACAUAUAGUGAGAUCGAGAUUAUAGACUUAAGCUAUCGGUGUCAUACUUUUUUAUAAAGAAAUGUUUAUUGUUACGGUACUUUUUAUAUAGGAAAAAUACUUAAUAAA